AUGAGUAGUACUAACAACAAUACCAACAAUAAUAAUGAUAAUAAUGGUAACGCCCCAAGGAUAACGACCACGCGAACCGUCUUGCGAAUCAAACGACGACGAAAUGAAGAUCCCUUGCCGUAUUUGCGAUUGGAGGGUCUCGAUGGCAGUAUGAAACGACAGAGAAGCAGUGCUGCUGCCAAUGAUGAUGGUGAUGAUGAUGAAGACCAAAAACUCUCGGAACUCAUGCAAAACAGUGCCCGAUUGCAUCCACCCAAUACACAUACAAAUAAUACAAAGACAAAUUCAACCACCACAGCCGCACCCUUCAAACCAACCAAGAGCAACACGUCCGCCAUAUGGAAGCGAAUGAGACCGGAUGAUAACAAUGAAUCAUCACGAGAGACGUAUCGAGUCGUGGAUGCUGUCUUGGAAGAAGACGCUACCCCAACCUCCAAACGCCGCAAAUUGACCGUGCUUGAAACCUCUUCCCAAACAAAACUAUUGCCGGCCGCCCACAAGACUGUCAAAAAGAAGAAAGGCCUCAAAGUAUUGGAUCCACUGAGCCGAUUGGUGGACGAUAGUUUGCAAGAGGUUAUUCAAGGCAUGAAAUCGGCCCGACAACACUACACCUUCAUAAAGACAGAUGUUCGUUUGGCCCAUGAAUUCAUUCCCAAAUGGUUGAGCUGGUGUCAUUCGGCGGGGGGUAAUUUGCUGCAUGCCUGUGCCAUGUGGAACGAGGUGGAAUUGACCAGUGAAAUGUUGCAAUUAAACUCUGGUCUACAAUUGGCCGAAGCCUUGGAUGGGGAUAGUAAGACACCUUAUGAAUUGGCGGAAUUGUCGGGGCAUACAUCGAUUUGUGAGGUCUUGGAAGCCUUUGGGGGAGAUACGACGAAUUAUGUCUAUGACAUAUUUUAUUUGGAGGAAGCGGCCAUUGCUGAAAAUGCUACUGAUGCGGCGAACGAAGACAAAACUUUGUAUCAAGAGAAUCCUAUUACCACUGCCGAACUAACUUCUGGAGUGGGCUACUGGACACCCUUUGGAGAAUUGGUGUUGGAAGCACCGGAGAAACAUCAGGCGUCCUUGGACCAUGUCUUUGAUGAAGAUGGAGAAAUUGAUUCGAACUGCGAAGAAUAUGGUGGCAAUGAUUAUCCCGACGACGAUCCGGAUGAAGCAGCGAAUAAGGACGAUCAUGAUAGUGAUGCUGAUGAUGACAGUUGGGCGGAAGCCUUUACUCCAGAUCAAGGAUUCCGAAACUAUGGAGUAGAAGAAAACUAUUACGCCCACGAAGCUGAGGCACAUGGCUAUGAUGACACUUAG